CAGUUGAUUAGUCCUGGUGCACUACCUUGGCCGUCACGACGGAAGCAAGCACAGAAGUCGAGUGGCCAGGCGUCUCCUUCGUCCAACUGCGAUCUGUCAGUUCACACCGACAAUCGAAGCACAAUGCCCAGGGUCCUCUUCGCCCUAUUCGUGGGUCUGUUGACCGCACAGGCAACACAAUCUCUGGACGCUCCAGACUACUUGGCGCUGAACGAUGUCGUGGACUUGGGCUUGGAGUAUCUCAAUCUCAAAGACAAAGUUCCCCUGCCGGGCUUCGAAAUCUCGUCCGAAAGAUGGUUCACAGCAAUUCUAAAGCUGGGUGGAUCCGUCAAGUCGCUAAGAAGCUUGAAAAGAACUGACGAUUCAAAAUUGUAUCGUGGAGACAACGGAGCGUUAGUGUUUGAGGUUUCGCUUGGCUUCGAAGAAAUAAUGGUCGGAUACACCUAUUACGCAAGGAUUGGAAUUAUCGAGACGGAUGGCUGGGUGAACGCAACUAUGGGGUCCAACUCCAUCCGAGCGCGCGGCAGCUACACUAGGGUUGGUGGCAACGACUGCAAGCUGAGCGUUGACUCGGUGGACCUUGUGGACUUCGGGAAAAUCACCAUCGACUCCACCCUGAGGUCUUGCCCAUUCCUCGAGAAGAGGCUGCCAUGGGAUUGGAUGGCAGACGCACUGCACGACGUCACAGAGGCCAUCAUCCAGAAGAAACUCAGAGAAAUCCAAGACAACCCACUGCUGCAGCGGACGUGUUUGUAGCAGGUCGAAAAAAAUCCCAAACCAAAUUACCGCUUGAUUGACCCUCUUUGCUUUGGCAAAGUAUACUCAAUAUUCAAAAUAUAUUCAAUAUACUUAAAUUGUUGAGACAAA